AUGAGAUUCAACCCGAUUCCCGAAUCUAAAGCAUUCAUUUGGUCAAAUCAAGGAAAGAAUAUAGGAGAGUGGGUUCAACAUCUCAGCUCGAUGUUCCGAUGUGAAUGUUAUGAAGCCAUAUUUCAUAUCUUUAAUACACGGUUAUACAUUCAAUCACUUCGGAAUACGCUCCCAAAACUCCGAAGAAUCGCUAUCAAUUGUCUCAUAAAUGAACCGAACAACCAAGAAAUUCAAAGCAUUGAGAAUAUUUUAAGAGCCUUUUUACCUGAUGUCAAGUGUGUCCGAUUGCAUCGUGUCCCUCUCCUUCCAUUCAGGAACCUUUCCAUUCAUCACAUUGGAAUGACGAAUUGGAGAGAGUUGAUUUUAGAACCGGAUCAAAAUCUAAAAUUCGACGAUCUUUCAACACUGAAUGUUGGAAGCUGUACUAUUUUUAUAACUCAAUUCUCGGUUCGUGAUUUGAAUCGUUUCUUCAAAUUGUAG